AUGGCAGGAGGCGUCGACGUCGGGACCUCGUUGGCCGCGAGUAGGCGGCAGGCGCUCUCGGGGAAAUCAGGAUGGGCAGGAAUCAUGGAGAACAGGAGGGUGUUCUUGAUCGCGGUUUUCGCAUCGUUGGGUGGAUUGCUCUAUGGCUACAACCAGGGCGUCUUCAGCAGCGUCCUGCAAAUGACCUCGUUCAAGAACCGCAUGGGCGAUGAUGCGACUGACUCGGGCAAGAAAGGCUGGCUCGUUGCCAUCCUGGAGCUCGGGGCUUGGUUUGGUGUCUUGUUGACCGGUCCUCUUGCGGACAAGUUCUCGCGCAAAUAUACCAUCGUGUUGGCGGUCAUUGUGUUCAGCGUCGGCGUCAUCGUGCAAACCGCCGCGAAGGGACCGGACUCAAUCUACGGAGGCCGAUUUGUUACUGGUCUCGGCGUUGGUUCACUCAGCAUGUGUGUUCCGCUCUACAACGCAGAGUACUCGCCUCCCGAGCUGCGUGGCAGUCUUGUCGCGCUUCAGCAGCUUUCCAUCACCUUUGGAAUCAUGAUCUCCUACUGGAUUGACUACGGGAUGAACUACAUUGGCGGUACCGGGGAAGGCCAGUCUGAGGCGGCGUGGAGGCUUCCACUUGCUCUGCAGCUGGUUCCGGCACUGGUGCUGGGUGUAGGAAUCCUGUUUAUGCCAUUCUCCCCGAGAUGGCUCGUCAACAAGGGACGCGACGAGGAAGCCGUGCAGGUGCUUUGCCGUGCGCGUAAUUUACCAGCGGAUUCGGACCUCAUCCAGAUCGAAUUUUUGGAGAUCAAGGCUCAGCGCAUGUUCGACGUCGAGACCUCGCAGAGGAUGUUCCCCAACUUCCAGGACGGGUCGUUCAAGUCGGAGUUCAAGCUUGGGUUCUAUGGCUAUCUGAGCUUACUUACGAACCGAAACCUUCUCUACCGAGUUGUUCUCGCCGCUGGAACCAUGUUCUUCCAACAGUGGACCGGCGUGAACGCCAUCCUUUACUAUGCCCCCGCCAUCUUUGAGUCCCUCGGUCUCACUGGCAACACGAUCGGCUUGCUAGCCACUGGCGUCGUCGGCAUUGUCAUGUUCCUCGCGACCAUCCCCGCCGUCAUCUGGGUCGACCAGCUUGGAAGGAAGCCCGUGUUGGUCUCGGGCGCGUUCUUGAUGUUCGCGUGCCAUCUGAUCGUAGCGGUAUUGACGGGCCUGUAUCAUGAUUCGUGGCCUAGUCAUUCUGCGGCAGGCUGGGCAGCUUGUGUGAUGGUUUGGAUCUUCUCGAUCGCCUUUGGGUACAGCUGGGGACCUUGCUCGUGGAUCCUGAUCUCAGAGGUGUGGCCUCUGAGCGUCCGCGGCAAGGGCGUUUCGAUCGCUGCCAGCUCCAACUGGAUGAACAACUUCAUCGUCGGGCAAGUCACGCCCACGAUGUUGGACAACCUCGGCUUCGGGACGUUCGUGUUCUUCGGCGCUUUUUCACUCGCCGGCGGGCUUUUCAUCCUGCUCUUCGUGCCAGAGACUAAGGGUCUUUCUCUUGAGGAAAUGGAGAACGUAAUGGGCAACACUGGAAACUUGGCGCUGGAGGACCAGAAGCGGCUGGAGGAUAUUCAUAGGCGGUUGGGUCUCGUUGACGACGUUCGCGAGCAGGACAACCUGAACGAGAAGUUCUGA